CCAAAGCUCCACGUUGACCUUUUAGGGUUGACCUAUUGGAGGUCACGUUUCAUUUGAGACGGCGUCAAAUCGGGGCCUUCAAAGUCUUGCCGCGCCACCUCAAACUUUCGCUCCCUUCGCAGAACAUUUCUACGUACGCCACGUUUACCUUCCGCGCACGAUACGAUCCGUCAUUUUCAUACAUGUACGUCUUUUUCGAGCGGCGUCCGCCGAACAAUCGACAGUGCGGGGAGAGACGGUCGCCACGAUGAGUUGUGAGCACCCGCCUCCGUAUGCCCCGCCUCCACCGGCCCAAGGCUUUGCGGUCGGCGCGCCUUACCAGGCGGCGCCCUCCUCCUAUUACCAGGGCCCGCAGCAGUUCGGGACCCCGCUCGGCUACCACGCGGCCUUUUACGACCCCCCCCAAGGCUGGGAUGCCCCCAAGGCCUACGGGGGGCCGCCCAAACACACGGUGUAUGUGGUGGAGCAGAACGAGGGUGCGGGGCGCGGCGGCGCCGGCGCCGGCGGAUGCGGAGCCUUGAGGUCGCUGCUGUCGGCGUGCUCCACCCUUCUGUGCUGCUGUUGUCUGUGCGACCUACUGACGCGUCACCUCUGACCCGCCGGCGUGCGUUGCUACGGCGAUGACGACGACCUGUCGCGCCAUCACUUGGGUGAUCUCGCCUGACCCUGCAAAGUAAUAAAUAUACCUUCAUGUCCUCGGUUUCAUUGCCGCGAUAAAAA